CUUGAACCCAGGCCUCCUGGUCCAGACAUGGUGACACUACCACUGUACCACCACUUGCUAUUUUAGACAUAUUUUCCUCACCAGUCUGUUCAGGGAUGGUACUACACGCCUCUGAACAAAGUGCAAUUGGAACCUACAGUUCCUGGUUCAAAGGUAGGGACACCUCCACAAGUCUUCUAAUUUGUAUUUUACAUGAUGAGGAGCAGUGGCACUAUAAGUUGGUGGCCGGAGGAGUUUUCGGGUUACACAGUAGGUUGGUUCCGGGCCGGACGUGUUUGCAGGGUGCACGCGGUGACGGUUGAUUUUGGAUCUGCUCAGUGAUGGCGGCGCUCUGCGGGCGGAUGGUGAUGGCGAUGGCGGCCGUGCUGCUCGCCGCCAGCUUCGUGUCGGUGGACGCGGUGAAAUCCCGCCGCCAGGCCGGAAACGAGAAGCAGAAUAACUUUUUCAGGCGGGCGGCGAGUGGCGUUUCCCGGAAUCUGGCGGCGGUGUUCGGAGAGGAGAAUGUGCAGGCGGUGCAGAAGUUCUUUUCCAGGAUUACUGAACAGUUUGUGUUUGGGAUGGAUGUGCUGUUGCAAACCAUCUGGAAAAUAUGGAUGGAUCUUCUGGAUAUUUUUGGAAUUGAUGGAUCAAAUGUGAGCCAGUAUUUGAAUCCAACAACAGCUGUAACUCACCCAACUCAAGUUCUCCUGUUAGUUGUUGCUGUGCUUGUAGCUUAUUGGUUUUUGUCAAUGUUUAUAGGGCUUAUAUUUUAUACAUUACGCAUAACAUGUGGUGGCUGCUUCUGGAUUGCACGAAUUGUCUUUUUUGCCCUUGCUUGCCUCUACAUUCUGCAGAAAUCUGAAGGUGAUCCUGAAGGUGCCGUGCUCCCACUUUGUUUUGUAGUUUUGACCUACAUUAUGACUGGUCCAGUCGGCUUUUAUUGGAGGAGAAAUACUAGUCAUGUUGAGGAAAAACUAGAACAUCUUGAUGGUCAAAUCAGGCUUAUGAACAUUCGUCUCAAUAGAGUAUUGGAAAAACUUGAUCAAAACGCUGGUUAGUGUGAGAAGGAAUGCUGUUGCAUAUCACCAGCACUGUUUAAUGGAUAGUGAAUCACUGUCUCACGUGUGAAUAACCCAUGUUUAAGGAUUUAUAUUCGUUAGUUUUUUUUUUUGCAAUCAUUUAACCAUGUUUUUAUUUUUAUACUUAACUGGUUUAUAUUCAUCAGUCACAUGGGAAUAUUUUUAAAAUUCUUAAUUUCCUUUUCUUUGUCUUAAGUGAAUAAUCAAUUUAUCUUUAGUGCAAACAAAAUUAAAUUUGCUACCAAAAAUACCAAACAAAGGACCCUUUUUUUCCCUCAAAUUCUGUCUUGCUAGAGGAACAAGGUGGAAGAAUACAUUUGUGCACUAUUGUGAUUUAUUGUGUUAGUGCAUUGAGUGUGAAGGAUAGUUGUAAUUUUUUUUACUGUUUAGUAUAGUUUGUGAAACAACUGAGUAAGUUUUUGAAGUCAAAAAUCUGUAUAAUCUUUUCAUCCAUUUCCCCUCUGUCCCUUUCAGUGCUGCUACAUUAUUUGACUCUAACUUACAUAAGUAAGAAUCUGUUUGAGUAGAUGUUCUCUAUGUAAUGUGCUGUAGUGAAUGAAAAAUAACCAUAUCUAUUGUGCAUCUCACCUAGUGUUUCCCCUUUUGGUUCUGUGAAUGCAUCCCAUGUGAACAGAAUUACUGUAUGGAAAGUGUAUAUUUUUCAAACUGCAGAUUUUGCCAAUGGAUUUCUAUAUUCUGGAUAUUUAAGGUGGCAUGUUUGUAAAUGUGGUGAAAAAGUCUACCGGGUUAUCUGUAUAUAUUUCAAUUAUGGCAUGUGAUAUUGAGGCAAAUGAAUAAGAAAUUCUCCCAACUAAAUGUGAAAAUAUACUAAGGUUUAUUUAUUAAUCAUAAAGACUUUCAGCCCCACCUUUGGUUUCCACAACAGCUCAGCUGAAAUAGUAGGGAACCCCCAAUCUGUAAAGUUGGUCUCACAAAGUUGUAUUUACUCCUCUUUUUGAGAAGUGGUCUUUUAAAUUCCACAAGGUAGAUUUUUAGUAUGACAAUAUUAGACCUGAAUGGCAUUAAGUGAGACAGUAAUGUCAUUCCCAUUGAAUGACUAGGUGUGUGUUUUGGAGCUGGUGGAUUUAAUUCAAUCAAUUUUGUGAUGAAAGCUCCUGAAUGUCUUUGCCCUGAUUGUGUAAAGAAAACCUUGGAAAGAAGGAUUUUUAACUGAUGAAAUUGCUGCAAUUUACAAUGAAGCUGUUUGGAACUAACACUAUCAGUAAAGUACCAAGAAAUUCAAAGUUUGUGAGAAGAUUUGUAGCUCGGGUGCUUGUUGUUGUGGUUCUGUUCGCCGAGCUGGGAAUUUGU